AUGGCAGCGUUCCGCGAGGAGGCGCUAGUGGGCGGCGUGUGCGUGGCGCGCGAGGAGGGGCUGCGCGCCGCGCCCGCGCCGGCCGAGGUAGAUGCGGUGCUGGAGAGACUGGCGCGGGGCCCGCGGGUCGCUGUGUGCUGGUGCGAGGGUCGGACAGCGCGCGCGCUGCUGGCGGGCAUGGCGCGGUCGCCGGCGCGGCGGCUGCGGCUGGUGGGCAGCGACGGCUGGGCCGACCGCGGGGACGUGGUGGCCGGCCUGCAGGCGCCGGCUGACGGCGCGCUCACGCUGCGCAUCCGGUCGCCCUAUCUUGCCGGCUUCGACACUCACUACCACAAUCUGCACCCCAGGAACAACACCAGGAACCCCUGGUUCCAGGAAUUUUGGGAACAGAAAUUCAACUGUUCGUUAGCAGCGAACCCGCCCGUUGGAGUUCAAGCCUGUACUGGCACAGAGUCGCUAGCUCGCGGCUACUCACAGGAGCCGAAGCUGGCGCUGGUGGUGCGCGGCGUGUACGCGCUCGCGCACGCGCUGCACGCCAUGCGCGCGGCGCGCUGCGGCGCCCGGCCCGGCCUGUGCGCCGCCAUGCUGCCCUUCAACGUGUCGCUCUACCAGGCGUACCUCCAGCGCGUGCGCUUCACUGCACCCGACGGCGCGCAGGUCGCCUUCGACGAAAACGGCGACCCGCCGCCCGAGUUGAGUGAGUAUGACGUGAUGAGCUUCGAACGCGCGCCGGGCAAUGCAGAGACGGGCGCGGCCGGGGACGAAGAGGGGGAGGUAUGGCAUUACGUGCGUGUGGGCCGCUGGCGGCGCGGCCAGCUGCAUCUGCGCGGCGGCCGGCAUGCGCCCGAGAGGCGUGCAGCGGGCACGGAGGCGGUGUGCUCGGCGCCGUGCGCGCCGGGGCAGUGGGCGCGCGCGGCGGGCGGGUCGGAGGCGGGAGGCGCGGCGCGGCGCGCGCCGUGCUGCUGGUCGUGCGUGCCGUGCGCGCCGCUCGCCGUGACGCGCGCGCCGCCGCUCGCCGGCUGCCGGCUCUGCCCGCCAGGACACAGACCCGAUGUGAACAGGAAAUCCGCGCUGGCAGCAGUGGCGCGUCCUGCGGCGUUGCCGUGCGCGCUGGCGAGGCUUGCGGCGCCGGCACUGGGCGGCGUGUACGCGGCUGUGCUCGCGCGCACCGUGCGCAUCGCGCGUCUGGUCGCGGGCGCCGAGCGCGGCCAGUCCGUGCCGCUCCUGUCCUCGCGCGCGCAAGUGGCCAGCUGGGGGGUGCUGGUGACGCCGGGCGUGGUGGCGGCGGCGUGGGCGGCGGCGCGCUGGCCGCCGACGCCGCGCCUGCUGCACCCGGGGCGCGCGCGCGCCGUGCUCGCGUGCGGUGGCGAGCGCGCGACGGCGCAGCUGCUGCCGCUGGCGCCGGCGCUGCUGCUUCUGGCUUGCUGCGCAGUUGCCGCGAUUCGCACUCGCCGGUUACCGCAUAACUUCAAUGAAACGAGGUUCAUCGGCGCGGCGACAUACACGACAGGCGUCGCGUGGCUGGCGAUGUCGGCGCUGUACGUGGCGCUGGAGGCGCGCGCGGUGGCGCUGAGCGCGUGCGCGUCCCUCUGCGCGGGCGCCUGCGUGGCGCUAUCCCUCGGCCCGCGCGCCUGGCUCUGUCUGUGUCGCCCGCAGCGCAACACGCGCGCGCACUUCCUUACGAACACCUCCAUAAGAUGCCACAUCGGGAAGUACCGCCCUGCGCCCGCGUCGGACAGGCGAGUCUCGCAACCACAUUUGGCCUCUUUUAAACAAGAGUUCCGUGACACGGGUGUGCAGACGGCAGGGUGGUCAGAGGCGGAGGCGGGCGCGGGCGCGGGCGCGGGGAGCUGGUGCGCGGCGGCCGGCGUGUGCGCGCGCGUCACGCGCUCGGCGCCGCCCGUCGGGGGGGAGGAGGGGGAGGUGGACGUCGUCAUCACGCUGCUGCACCACCGACACGCACUGCCCGGGCCGUAG